CUUUUCAAACUAUAUACUCAUUGUCAGAUAAAAAGUGGAAAAGCAUUCGUAAUUAUUAUCAAAUUAAUGGUAUUAAACCAAUUGUACAUGCACUUUUAGGAAGAAGAUCUCACAAUGCUUUGUCAUUCGCAACCAUUUUAAAUGUUCUUACAUUUAUCGUCAAUUAUGCAAAUUGUCAUGGGUUACCAUCACCGG